ACACACACACACACACACUCUCUCUCUCUCUCUCUCUCUCUCACACACACAUUCUCUCUCACACACCGCUGUCGCGUGCUGAGGUGCAGAUCAACGCUGAGUUUAACUAUGUUAGUCGAUCAUCUACUGUGGGAUCCAGCUGAAGGUCUGGUGUGACAGUCAGGAGCGCGUGCAGGAGAAGGAACACCCCCGUGUUUCUUCUUCACAGCUCUCUGGUUUUGGGCUGGAGCGCACUGUUGUCUUCAGGAGGACAGAUGUUCGGAUCAGCCUACGCCAGAUGUGCUACGCCAGAUGUGCUCUUCCUUAGAUAUGAGGAGCUACACAGGUCUCAUGGUCAUGUGGUAUCUGAUGACUUCCUGCACCGAUGUCUCAUCUGUACCAGGCUUCAGGUUCACAGUGAGGAAGCUCCAUCAGGCUGCUCCUCUGGCCUGUGAAGGGAAAUGUCCAGGUGCUCUGCUGUGGAUUAGGAUCCAGAAGCCGGGUGGAGAUGUGGAGGUGGCUCGGUGUGAUCAGACCUCCUGCAGCUCUGUGGAGGGGUUCAUCAUCUCUCAUGAACAGUACCUGCAGGGGAACUUCUCCCUCACCAUCACUGCAGCUGAUUACAGGAGGCGUGGCUGGUACACGUGUUCCUGCGAUGGCCAGGGUUUGUGUGACGUGAGUCUUCGCAUUGAGCCUCUUAACUUUAUGAAGCAGGUCAUUCUUGGAGGUUCCCUUGUGAUGGAUGUUCAGGUUCCUGAGCGUGUGAAGGUGAUGUUCAACAGAAGCAGUGCUGAAGGUCUGAGCUCGGUCUCUGUUCCUCUGUGUGAAGUUGAAGGACGUAAAGCUCAGUGUGAUGCUGAAUAUGAGAAGAGAGUGAAGUUUGAGUGCUCGCUGAUUCUGCAUGGUGUGAAAGAGACGGACAGAGGAGUGUAUACCGUACAGGACACUGACAACGACGAGACGUUAUACACACUCACACUCACAGGAAAUAAGACAGAAGCCAACAACACGUUUCCUGAAAAAGGUAAACAGGACAGCUGGAACAUAAAGCGUAUAUUCACAGAGGAGUACAGAGGGAUCAUCGUGGGUCUGGUUCUGGGUCUGGUUCUGGGUCUGAGUGUUGGCUGGAUUGUGAAAUGGUGUGGGAUGAUCUGGGGGAAGGUGAGAAGGUGUUUGAGAGAUGAUGAAGAUCUCAGACAGAAUGAUGUGAAGUGUGGUAUUGUUCUGGCUGUGAAGCAGGAUGAUGAUGGUGAUGAUGGUGAUGAUGGUAAUGAUUAAUGCUCUGUAUAAUGUGAUGUUUAUCCACUUUCUUACUGUAAUCAUCAAAAGAUCACUAGUGCACAUGUCAGGAUUCACUGCAGUGCAGCAGCUUGUGAUAAAGAGUGAUUGAUGCCCUGGUUAGGAGACAUGGGAGCUCAGUGCUGGACACACUGCACAUGUUUGUUGGAAUCCUAGCACCAUGUCUGAUAACUGCUAUAAAUGUAGAGAGGGAGUUGUGAGGCAUCACACAGUUGUGAUGUGAGUGUGAGUGUUAUUUGAGUGUUUUGGGCAGCUUGUAAAUUACACCUGAGAAUAAACUGAAAUCAGCCACACACAACGUGUUCAUGUGAAUGUGUGUGUGUGUGUGUGUGUGUGUGUGUGUGUUAUAUGGUGUAUGAAGUGUAGAUGAAGAUUUCCUGUAGAUUUCAUUAGGACCAUGUUCAGGUCAGGUUUAUUUCUCCAGCUGAUCUGCUCUUCUGUAAACCGAUAAUAAAUGUCUCUUAUUCAAACAUA